AUGCCUGAGAGUGCCUGGAAGCUGCUUUUCUACACGAUAUCCUGGUCGUAUGGCACCUACCUGCUCUUCUUCACCGACUACCCCUUCUUCCACGACCCACCCUCCGUCUUCUACGACUGGAAGAAGGGCAUGGAGGUGCCCACGGACAUUGCCAUCGCCUACCUGAUGCAGUGCAGCUUCUACGGGCACUCCAUCUAUGCCACUGCCUACAUGGACACCUGGCGCAAGGACUCCGUGGUCAUGCUGCUCCACCACGUGGUGACACUGACCCUCAUCGCCGCCUCCUACGCCUUCAGGUGA